AUGCAGCACCGGAAACAAAUUAUAGAGGCCCUUGGGAAUAAGAGAGAAGAGGGACAGCUACCUAAUCAGCCCAUAGAAAAUCUAGGGAACCGCCCAACAAUAGGAUUUCAGCAAGGGGAGUAUAGUAGCAUGAAUCUAGGAAAAAACCCAUGAAAUGAAAAUGUUAAGACAGUGAAUGCAUUAAGGAGUGGUAAGAUCUUACCUGAUCCUUAUCCCCAAACAUUAGAAGAAAAAGAAAACGUGGACAACCCAAAACAAAAUCAAAUAAGAGUAGAAGAGGAUUUUAUAGAUUCUACCAAAGAAAUUUUGAAAGAGAGGACAACCAUUCCAUUACCUAAAGCUCUAGAGCCUAGACGAGGAAAGAAAAAGGAACACAAUGAAGAAAUAAAGAAAAUUUUACAAGAUGUGCAAAUUAGUCUUCCUUUACUCACUGCGAUUGAACAUAUUCUUGAAUAUGCUAGAGUUUUGAAAGAAAUGUGUACACCAAAAAGGGCACCUAGAGUAGAAAAAUUAUCUAUGCAUAUUAGUGCAUGAUUGUUAAAUUAAUUAUUAUUUAAAUUGAGGGAUACAGGUGCCCCUUUAAUUUCGUGUGAUAUUGGUAGAUUCAUUUUUCAGAAUGUAUUACUUGACACUAGUGCUAGUAUUAAUUUAUUACUUGAGAGUAUUUGUGAUAAAUUUAAUAUUUCUGAUCUUAAACCUUCUACUGUUACCUUACAAUUUGCUGAUAGAUCCAUAAAACAUUCUAAAGGUAUUUUAGAAAAUGUGAUAGUAAUAGUUAAAGGGUGUAAAUUUCUAACUGAUUUUGUAAUGUUGGAAAUGGAUUUUAAUGGACAGUUUUAUGAUACACCAAUCAUCCUAGGGAGACCAUUUUUGCAUACAGCAAAGAUGAAUAUUGAUUUUCCCACAAGUAUUGCGAAAAUUUCAUGUGGAGAUCAAUUAGUAGAAAUUAAAAUUUUUGAGGUAUCAGAUGAUCUUAAGAAAUCCCAAGUAUAUGAUUGUCAUACCAUAGAUCUUCUAGAUGAUUUUGAUGAUCCAGAUGUUAUUGAUGACUGUGUGUUGGAAGAAUUAGAGGAAAUAGAGAAUAUAAAUUUGAGAGAAAGGAAAGAGGAAGAUCAUCUGAAUUUAGAGUUGAAACCUCUUCUCUCUAGUUUCAAAUAUAUGUUUUUGGAGGAAAAUAAUUUAUUUCUUAUUAUUAUUGCAGCUGAUUUGAGUGAUGAAUAGGAAGAAGAAUUAUUAGAUGUACUUAGAAAAAAUAAGAAAGCUAUGGGUUGGAAAAUGGACGAUCUAAGGGGCAUUGAUAUGAGAGUAUGCAUGCAUAGUAUAUAUUUAGAGGAGGGGGCUAGAACUAGCAGGGAACCACAAUGAAGAUUAAAUCCUAACAUGAUGGAAAUUGUAAAAAAAGAAAUUUUAAAGUGGCUAGCUGUUGAUAUUAUUUAUCCUAUUUCAAAUAGCAAAUGGGCUAGUCCUACACAAGUAGUGCCAACAAAAUCAGGGAUCACGGUUAUAAAAAACGAAAAUGGGGAUAAAAUACAUACAAGACUAACUAUCGGUUGGAGAGUUUGCAUUGGUUAUAGAAAGUUAAAUUCAGUUACUAGAAAAGAUCAUUUUCCCCUACCAUUUACUGAUCAAAUUCUAGAAAAAUUAGUUGGAAAAAACUUUUUUUAUUUUCUGGAUGGAUACUCUGGUUAUAAUCAAAUUUAUAUAAACCCUUUAGAUCAAGAGAAAACAACUUUCACUUGUCCAUUUGGUACUUUUGCUUUUAAACGCAUGCCUUUUGGUUUGUGUAAUGCUCCAGCCACAUUUCAAAGAUGUAUGCUGUCUAUUUUUUCUGAUAUGAUUAGAAAAUACAUGGAAAUUUUUAUGGACGAUUUUUCUGUUUUUGGUGAAUCAUUUGAUGAAUGCUUCAAUCAUUUACAGCAUGUACUUGAGAAAUGCAUAGAGAAAAAAUUAGUUUUGAGUUGGGAGAAAUCACAUUUUAUGGUUAAAGAGGGAGUUGUGUUGGGUCAUAUUGUGAGUGAAAAGGGUUUAGAGGUGGAUAGAGCAAAAAUUGAUAUUAUAUCUAAAAUGAAACUUCCGAAUUUAGUAAAAUAGAUUAGAUCUUUCUUAGGUCAUGCAGGUUAUUACAAAAAAUUUAUUCAAGAUUUUUUGA